GUUUCAAUCUUUCCUUCAGUGAGUCGGUGUACGCGUCGAUUUGUUUUUGUUUUGUGACUUUAAUACGUAAAUUUUCGUUUACCAAGGCGAGUGCCAUGUGAGAUUAAUAUGCGAUUUAUAAGUGCAAAGUGUUCUACACGUGCUCCUUUUUCAAAAGUCUAAUAAUUGCAAAAAUUACAAGCUCACCGAUGGCCAUCAACUGCUUGUUGAGGAUGCUGGCGCGUCGCUUGUCACUCCACAGUCUGGCCAUGUCGCUGAGGAUGACCAUCCACCGCGAGUACUCGUCCUUGGACGUGGCCUUGAGCGCCAACACGCGACCUGACCUUCGACACCUGAUGGCCAGUUGCAGAUGGACUGGUGGGUUGCAUUCGCCGACCACGGCGUCGUGAAGAGGCAGACCGUCCUUGCCCUCGGAUGAUCCAGGUUUCCUGUCCGAUUGUGCACAUGAAAUAAAUUUCAUGUAUUUAUCGCAUUCUGUCGUUCGUCCUUUAAGGACACUGUCUGGCUCAGUUUUUUGUGCAUUCUACCACGCUCUCACCGUGCGAUAAUUGCGAAAUUGCGUUCCUUCUACAAGGGAAUAAAUGGGUCGCGUAAAGUCACGAAAACGUGAAAGGAUUAUUCGCGAUGCUCAAAACGUAUUACUUUGUAAAAAGCAUGAAUUGCCAAUUGCAUAUGAGUGGAAUUUACCUAAAAUUUUGUGCGCUAUUAGUAUUUUGACAAUUCUCGCUUCUCAAUUUUGGACGUUCUUUGCGAGAAAUGGAAUCUUUAUUUUUGGUCUAGAACUGGAAAGAGAAAAUUUUCACAAUUAUUCUUAUUCCAAUGACAACGUAAACAAAACAGACGAGCUGACUGUACUUGUUCACCACCCAAAGGUGGACGCAGUUCAUUUACAGCACGUGCGGAACGUUUUUGAACGCUUCGGUUACAAAGUGACUGACGACGUUAAUGCUGAAUGGGACGUAUUGUGGUCACACGAUUUCCCGUUCAUCAGUAUGGCAGACAUUUUGGAGAACUUGAAACCACACCAAGUUGUGAAUAAAAUGCCAGGGCACUCGUACAUUACCCUCAAGGUCAACUUCGUAACCUCUGGGGCCCUCUUCAUUCCCCCCGCGUUUCAGUUCCCGCAAGACAGGGAAAAAUUUAUCCAAUUUAGAAAGGAAAACCCAAAAAGCCAGUUUCUCGUAAAAGACAAUCGGCAUCGAUCCAUAAAAUUGGUGCCGUCUAAUAAGAUCAAUCUGGAGUCAAGUGAAUCUUUUGUCCAAGAAUUUAUUCCCAACCCAUUACUUAUUGAUGGAAGGAAAUUUGAAUUUGGAAUUUUUGUUGUGGUCACAUCAAUUUACCCAUUAAGAUUAUACCGAAUCCAAGGAGACAUGAUUAUACGGUACUCAAGAUAUCCAUACUACCCGUUGGAUGCAAAUAAUUUGUCUCAAUAUGUUAUUUCUGAUGACUGUUUGCAAUACUGGGAAUCAGUUGAAAUGAAGAAAUAUUUGAAACUUUCCUUCUCAAUUCAAGAAUCUUUUGAAGCCACUAUAGAAUCAGUUGGUGCAGAUCCUAGAGCUGUUUGGGAGCAAGUUGACAAAGCUAUAGUAUCAUCAUACAUGGCACGUGAAAAAUAUAUGAUUUUUGAAUUAUCAAAGUACAGAAACUACCGAAACUUUUUUGAGCUUAUUCGUUUUGAUUUCUUCCUUGAUGACAAUUUCAAUCUGCACGCCCUCGAGGCAAACAUGUCUCCGAAUCUUUCCUCGAUGAAGUACAAACAAAAUGCAAUUAUUUAUGAACAAGUGCUGCAGACACUUUUUUCUCUGGUCGGCAUCUCCACUUAUUUACACCCUCCGUUUCAUAAGCGGCAGGAUUUGAAAGAUAUGAUUGUUGCAGACAGAAAUAUUAUGGUUUUCCCUGAAAUAUGUUUACAAUGUACAAACUGCAGCAGCUAUGAUUGUCAACUUUGUUCCACUUGCAUGAGUCAGGAUUUUGCUUUGGACGUAAAAAUGGCUUACAGAGAACAUCUGAACAAGUUUAAAGCGAGGAGAAUUUUUCCACCCAAAAUGACCCAGGAAGACGCAAGGCUGGGAAUUGGCGAGGAAUUAGCCAGAAAUAUGUCUGAUAGGAGUGUGCUAUUGUGUCGGUGGUUUCAAGGAAAGUGUUUGAAUGAUGAAACUUGGUGUUGAAAAUAAUAAAACAUGCAACAUAAUCGAGCAGGGCAUUUUUUACAAUUCAAAUCACUUUCCUGCUACAUCCAAAAAUGGAAAUUAAUCCAACGUUUGGCUCGAGUGAAAAAGAUUGCUUUCUAGGAGACGUUUGUGGAGGGGCUCUCCUCAUUGAAAAUCGCUUUUUAUGAAGAAAAAUAAAGUAAUCUUCUCUCGCAGUGUGCUGGGUCACGGUCUAGGAACCUAUAAAAUUUCAUGAGCAAAUGUGUUGCUUGCUAAAUAAUACAAUCUUUUAGUAAAUCUGCGAGCACCGCGUUUGCUCACGAAACAGGUCUCUCAGAUCAUAACCAACACUGGUAAAGCUGUUUGUUUCUUUGAAUUAUAUUAAAAAAUUUCAAAUAUAUGAUAAUUAAUGUUUUGUUGCUUUUGUACUUGACAUAAAUAGGUAUGUACAUUAAUAAAUA